GCGGCCUGACGGCUACAUACGCGUUUUGUUGUUGAGCGCUGUAGAAUGCUGCGAUGUUUUAGCCGGUCAGCACAGAUAACGACAUCCAUUCUCAUUACAGAAAAGAAAACUCAAUCAUAUUUUUGUCGACGCGUUAGAAUGAGUGAGCCAGCAGUGGAGAGGGUGGUGAGUGACAUCAUUCGCUCUCCAGAAGACAAGAGGGUGUACAGGGGACUGGAGUUCACCAACGGUCUGAAAGCGAUGCUCAUCAGUGAUCCCACCACGGACAAGGCGUCAGCAGCACUUGAUGUUCACAUAGGUUCGUUGUCGGAUCCUCCGAACAUUUCUGGUCUGGCUCAUUUUUGUGAGCACAUGCUAUUUCUGGGCACUGAGAAGUAUCCCAAAGAGAAUGAAUACAGUCAGUUCUUGAGCGAGCAUGCGGGUAGCUCCAAUGCUUUCACCAGUGGGGAGCACACCAACUACUACUUCGAUGUCUCCCAUGAGCACCUGCAGGGGGCACUGGACAGGUUUUCCCAGUUCUUCCUGUGUCCUCUGUUUGAUGAGAGCUGUAAAGACCGUGAAGUGAAUGCUGUGGACUCUGAGCACGAGAAGAACUUGAUGAAUGAUGCCUGGAGACUCUUUCAGCUGGAGAAGGCCACUGGGAAUCCUCAUCACCCCUUUAGCAAGUUUGGAACAGGCAACAAGCUGACCCUGGAAACAAGGCCCUCACAAGAUGGCAUUGACAUUCGUCAGGAGUUGCUGAAAUUCCACUCCACGUUUUAUUCUUCAAAUCUCAUGGGACUUUGUGUUCUGGGGAGAGAAUCUCUGGAUGAGUUGACGUCUAUGGUGGUCAAACUCUUCGGAGAGGUGGAAAAUAAAUCCGUGCCUAUCCCAGAAUUCCCUGAACACCCAUUUCAGGAAGAGCAUCUUAGGCAAUUUUAUAAGGUGGUACCCAUUAAGGACAUCAGGAACCUGUAUGUAACCUUCCCCAUCCCAGACCUACAGAAGUACUACAAAUCCAACCCUGGUCAUUAUCUGGGCCACCUUAUAGGACAUGAGGGCCCAGGGAGUCUGCUGUCUGAACUGAAAGCCAAAGGCUGGGUUAACACUUUAGUUGGAGGCCAGAAGGAGGGAGCCCGGGGGUUCAUGUUCUUCAUCAUCAAUGUGGAUUUAACAGAAGAAGGAUUGUUGCAUGUGGAGGACAUAGUCUUUCACAUGUUCCAGUACAUUCAGAAGCUGCGUACAGAGGGCCCUCAGGAGUGGGUCUUCCAGGAGUGUAAGGAUUUGAACACAGUGGCCUUCAGAUUCAAGGAUAAGGAGCGUCCGCGUGGAUACACCUCUAAAGUGGCUGGACUUCUGCAUUAUUAUCCGCUGGAGGAGAUUCUUGCAGCAGAGUACAUGCUGGAGGACUUCAGACCAGACCUUAUAGAGAUGGUGCUGAAGAAGCUACAGCCAGAAAAUGUCAGGGUUGCCGUCGUCUCCAAGUCUUUUGAAGGACAGACGAACAAGACGGAAGAGUGGUACGGAACACAGUACAAACAGGAAUCCAUCUCCGAUGAGGUCAUCAAGAAAUGGCAAAAUGCUGACCUGAACGGCAAGUUCAAGCUACCCAUGAAAAAUGAGUUUAUCCCCACCAACUUUGAGAUAUAUCCUCUUGAGAAGGAUGCCCCGGCCUACCCCAGUUUGAUCAAGGACACAGCGAUGAGUAAAGUGUGGUUCAAGCAGGAUGACAAAUACUUCCUGCCCAAGGCCUGCCUGAACUUUGAGUUCUUCAGCCCCUUUGCUUACGUGGACCCGCUGCAUUGUAACAUGGCCUAUUUGUACCUUGAGCUGCUCAAGGACUCCCUCAACGAGUAUGCAUAUGCAGCCGAGCUAGCUGGCUUGAACUAUGAUCUCCAAAAUACCAUCUAUGGGAUGUAUCUCUCAGUAAAGGGCUAUAAUGACAAACAGCACAUCCUGCUCAAGAAGAUCAUUGAGAAAAUGGCCACGUUCGAGAUUGAUGAGAAACGCUUUGACAUCAUCAAGGAGGCGUAUAUGAGAUCUCUGAAUAAUUUCCGUGCGGAGCAGCCUCACCAGCAUGCUAUGUACUACCUGCGUCUGCUCAUGACUGAGGUAGCCUGGACCAAAGAUGAGCUGAAGGAAGCACUGGAUGAUGUCACUCUGCCCCGCCUCAAGGCCUUCAUACCUCAGCUGUUGUCACGGUUACACAUUGAAGCCCUGCUUCAUGGCAACAUCACCAAACAGUCUGCUCUCAGUAUGAUGCAAAUGGUGGAAGACACAUUAAUUGAGCACGCUCACACCAAGCCCCUCCUCCCAAGCCAGCUGAUUCGCUACAGGGAGGUACAAGUACCGGAUGGGCCUCAGCGAUUGAAAUAUUCAGCAUGGAUGUUUGUUGGUGGCUGGUAUGUGUACCAGCAGAGGAAUGAGGUGCAUAAUAACUGUGGCAUAGAGAUCUACUACCAGACCGACAUGCAGAGCACCCACGACAACAUGCUCUUGGAACUCUUCUGCCAGAUCAUAUCCGAGCCUUGUUUCAACACACUGCGCACCAAGGAGCAGCUGGGCUACAUUGUGUUCAGCGGACCCCGCCGGGCCAACGGGGUGCAAGGCCUUCGCUUCAUCAUCCAGUCCGAGAAAGCGCCCCACUACCUGGAGGCGCGGGUCGAGGCCUUCCUCAAGACCAUGGAGAAGACCGUGCAGGACAUGGUCGAGGAGGCCUUCCAGAAACACAUCCAGGCCCUGGCCAUCCGCCGUCUGGACAAGCCCAAGAAGCUAGCAGCCGAGUGCGCCAAGUACUGGGGCGAGAUCAUCUCCCAGCAGUACAACUUUGACAGAGACAACAUUGAGGUCGCCUACCUAAAGACUUUAACGAAGGACAACAUCAUGCAGUUCUUCAGGGAUGGGUUGGCUAUAGAUGCUCCUAAGAGGCACAAGGUGUCCGUGCAUGUCCUGUCUCGGGAGAUGGACUCCUGCCCAGUGGUGGGUGAAUUCCCCGCUCAGAACGAUGUCAAUCUGGCCCCUGCCCCUUCCCUGCCUCAGCCAGUGCUUAUCCAGGACAUGACCGAGUUUAAGAGGAGUCUGCCCCUCUUCCCACUUGCAAAACCUCACAUCAACUUCAUGGCUGCCAAACUGUGACCUGGCAUUAGUAACACCAUCUUCUCAAUAAGAGUGUGCGGGGGGGGGGUGUAUAUGAGAGAUCCAGCAGAGUCAUACCGGUGGUGCUGUACCAUGUUAGCUGUGCUCUACAUUUUAGGUCAGUCACUAAGGAGCUGCAUAAACUCACUUAGGUUAGGAUGUCACCUGUUAAACACAUUGUGAAGACUGUUUUAGAAUAUUCAAAAAUGAUCAUUUCCUUUAAUCAGGAAUAUUUCAUGCAGGUUUUGAGUGUUGACCACUUUUGAGUGUUUGGUCAAUAGAAGGUUAAAUCUUUCAUUUCAGAUAUGCUGGAGAGAUUUUUCUUUACUUGUGCUUGUUGAAGGCAGUCAACAUUUUGGCAAUCAAUCCUUUUUUUUUUUUAACUUACCCAGACCCUAGAAAAUGCACUGAUAUCAUUUCUUAUUCAUGUGCAGUUUUGAAGUCUGUCAGAGCUACAUAGAUUAAAAUAAGGAUCGCUAAACUUCAGGAGCUGCUAUCUCUGUUCAAAGCUUAUGAGGUAUGCAUUUUGUACUCUAUUUAUUACAUUUACAUAUGGGGAGAAAAAAAAUAAUGAAUUGGGUUGUAGUUGUUUUUAUAAACAUUUUGUUGAUCUGUCUUUGUCUGAGCUGCACAUAUCGCUUAGCUGAUGGCUCCCAGGUUAGCCACCAAGAGAGUCUCUCGCUUAGCUGAUGGAUUUGCUCUCUCCCUGUAACCUCUCAGAGAGGAUCAUUUGAACCGUAUCAGUCAAUAGUUUAUGCAUGAAAUGUUGAGCUGAAUGCAGGGGUGAGUACAAUAACACUACAAGUGCGUAGGCAUGUGACAUUGGAGUAGCUAGAAAGGUUGGCGCCGCAGCACGAUGUAGCUUCUCCCCAAGUGUUCAGGCUUUGUACAGGGGGGGGAAACCAAUUGGCAUUACUGAAAACAUCUGACUUUGGGUAAAGAGAGAAAAGUGUUUAAUUGCCAGAAUGUUGAAAUUAUUGAGCCCAUUCACCCAAAACUGUAUCACUUGUGUAGGAAAUUUCUGUACUGACUAAACAUUUUGGCCUUAAGAAAACAUUUUAAUUAAUAAUCAGGUUUUUAAAAUCUGACUUUUUUUUAUUUGUACUAGUUCAA